AUGCCCGACGCCGCCAGCGCCGCCGCGCGGACAGAGGCCUCGGGGGUGCUCUCGGGCUGGCCCGCGCCGGCCCCCGGGCCCGGCGACGCGCCCCCGGGCGCGGGGCCGCUCGCAGAGCUCCGGCAGGCGCUCGCCAGCGCCCUCGCCGAGGCCUCCGCGGGGCUCCGCCGCGCGCAGGCGCUCCUCGACGGCGACCUCGCCGGCCUGCUGGCGGCCGCGCCCUGCGAGCGGCGGGUGGCCGGCCUGCCGCCGAGCAGUCCCUUGCCGCUGCUGCCCGGGGAGGCUCCCGCCGCUCCUCCCGGCAGCGCCCCCGUGCUGGACAUCUGCGCCCCGGGCGCGUCGCCGAAGGGUUCCGCGGCCGCAGCGCUGCGGGCAUCGGCGAGGGCCGCCCGCGUCGCCGAGGAGCCCCGCGAGGCGCGGGCGCCCGUGGAGCACCCGGGCGGCAGCCCCGCGUCCCGGGGGCCGCACGGGGGCGGCCCCGCCGCACCGCGCCGGGCCGGCAGGUUCGAGUGCUCCGAGGGCGUCCUCGCGCACUGGAGUCGCAUGGUCGCCGCCCUCGAGGAGAUGCACAGCUCCGGCAUGUCCCAGCUGCACAGCACGUGGGUCGAUGCCAAAGCGUACACCCUUUUCUUCGCCAACCCAGCACACGACGCGAGGAGGAUCGGGCACUCCACCGGCACAGAAGGCGCGCUGUUGGGCGCCAAUUCCCGGUUCAGGAAGGCUGGCACGAUGGAUUCGAGCAUGCUUGGAUCCCUGGUCGAGGACCGCGGGGAAGAGGGCCCAUCACAGGCCUGGAAGGCCAUCCGCUACAUGUUGCUCUUCGUCCUGCACCCUUUCUCCAGGCCACGAAUGCUCUGGGACUUCAUGGGCAUGGCAGUCUGCCUUCACGACGUAGCGAUGCUCCCGGCGCUUGUGUUCGAGCUCUCCGAUGGGUACCUCGCCUUCCGCCUUUACUACGAGUGGAUCUCCUGUGUCUUUUGGACAGCCGACAUUAUGCUAAAUUUUAGGACAGGGUUCAUAUCGUCGGACGGACUGCUCGAGAUACGCAGUCACAAGGUGGCGCGGCACUACGUCCGCUCGUGGUUCGUCCUGGACCUCAUCAUCACGAUCUUUGAUUGGUUUUCCCUCAUUAUCAGCAUCGGUGGCUCUACGGUACUUCGUCUUGUCAGAGUGUCCUCGCGAACCAGGAUGGCGCUGCGGCUCCUGCGGAUGCCCAAGGUCAAUGCCUCGUUCAAUCAGAUCCUAGGCGCGAUGAACUCUGAGAGUCUGAACAUAAUCGCAGGCCUCGUCAAGUUCCUGCUGAUCUUGAUCCUGGUGACCCACUACGUGGCGUGUGUGUGGUUCUGGUUGGCCGACACCGAUGGCCAAGUCCUGACCUGGAGGGGCCGCUUCAUGGACUCUGACGAUUCCGAGGCGUAUGGUUACUGUACAUCUAUGCACUGGGCACUCACGCAUGGGGGUCGGUGGACACCUGCAUCCAUGGAGGUUGUGCCAGUGAAUGUCCAUGAGCGAUUGUAUACGUGCAUUGUCAUCAUAUUUGCUAUGGUCGUGUUCUCUUCGUUCGUGUCGAGCAUCACCCAGGCAAUGACACUCCUCCGAUCGUAUCAUGCUCGGAAGGUAGAGCAGGAGCUUCUCAUGCGAACGUAUUUCAGCGAGUUUCGCAUCCCCCGGGAGCUCGCUGCUCGCUGCAAGUUUUUCUUGCUUCAGCACGAGCGCCUGGCAAACAAGCGCAUCAAGGAGUCGGAUAUCCCGUGCAUGCACCUUCUGCCAAAGGCCAUCCGCGAGGAGUUGCGUUACGAGGCCCUCAUGCCGUUGCUUAAAGCCCACCCUUUCUUCGACUUUUACAUGGAGCUUUGCCCCGUGGGCAUGCGGCAUAUAUGCGUCAGCGCAACGGAUGAGGUGUCCAUGCUCCCGCUCGAAGAGCUGUUCUGGCACGGCCAAAGCGUGAACCGCAUGUUCUUUGUCCGGAUCGGCUUGGUGUCAUAUUGUCACAGGGACCACAGCACAUUGCCCUUGGAGGUCAGAGCAGGCCAGUGGGCUUGCGAGGAGACGUUGUGGUCGAAGGCGUGUUUGGUGGAUGGGCCUUUUAAGGCUGCCUCGGCUGGCUGUGAGCUCAUCACGGUGCUGCCAGCAGAGUUCCAGUCGAUCGCCAAGCUGCACCCUGGGCCACUGAGGUUCUGCGCGAGCUACGCGGAAGCGUUCAUCAAGGAGUUCAACAGCGCGAGCAAGAAUGCAGAAUGCGACGAUCUACUCUUUAACAACCCUCGCACGAUCAUGCGGAUCGUUCGAGAC